AUGUCGACAAAAAAUGUGAAUAUUAUCUUCGACACAGAUGCCUAUAAAACAGACUUCAACGAGAUCACAGACACAAGGGAGUUUCUUAACGAGGUUUUCCGCCAGAUCUACGUUUGCCAAGUAUCCGGACUGCAGUUUGCCGUCGACCUCACCGACUUUAAGAGCCUUCCCGAUGAAAAAGUGACGAAGCAAUUGGCUGGACAGACGCUGGUUUUCCUGGAAGCCGCCGUAGUCGAGAUGGCUCAUCUUCUUAAAUUUCAAGACAAUUUUGUGGUCGGUGUUUUAAAAGACUACGGCACAAGUACUCACAACGAAUUGGUACAUGGUUUGAUAGGACUCGGGCCAGCUCCGUCACAAUCCCCAUCAAACCCACCUAAUGGCUCAGUUGUAAAGAAAGGAAGAGGGGAAGGUAAACCUACCUCGCCUAAGCCACGUGGAGGAAGCAGUCCAUCGCCGAGUGACAUUGAAGAUGAGAACGAUAAAGUUACAAGAGCAAGCGGGGAAGCGCCUGAGAAAAAAAUAAACAAACGUGGAAGCAAAAAUGCGUGGAAAAAAGGAGGGAGGAAAGGAGAGAUGGAAGGUAAAUUUACUUCAUCUAAGCCACGUGGAGGAAGCAGUCCAUCGCCGAGUGACAUAGAAGAUUAGAACGAUGAAGUUACAAGAGCAAGUGGGGAAGCGCCUGAGGAAAAAUUAAACAAACGUGGAAGCAAAAAUGCGUGGAAAAAAGGAGGGAGGAAAGGAGAGAUGGAAGGUAAAUUUACUUCACCUAAGCCACCUCGAGGAAGCAGUCCAUCGCAGAGUGACAUAGAAGAUGAGAACGAUGAAGUUACAAGAGCAAGUGGGGAAGCGCCUGAGGAAAAAUUAAACAAACGUGGAAGCAAAAAUGCGUGGAAGAAAGGAGGGAGGGAGGGAGAGAUGGAAGGUAAAUUUACUUCACCUAAGCCACCUCGAGGAAGCAGUCCAUCGAAGAGUGACAUAGAAGAUGAGAACGAUGAAGUUACAAGAGCAAGCGGGGAAGCGCCUGAAGAAAAAUUAAACAAACGUGGAAGCAAAAAUGCGUGGAAAAAAGGAGGGAGGAAAGGAGAGAUGGAAGGUAAAUUUACUUCACCUAAGCCACCUCGAGGAAGCAGUCCAUCGCAGAGUGACAUAGAAGAUGAGGACGAUGAAGAAAGAGGUAUGUUAUUACGCAUUUUAAAUGUUCUCCGUGGUAGCAAAAAUACGUGGAAGAAAGGAGGGAAGAAGGGAGAGAUAGAAGGUAAAUCUACUUCACCUAAGCCACCUCGAGGAACCAGUCCAUCGCCGAGUGACGACGCGCCUGAGGAAAAAGUAGAUAAACGUGGAAAACAAGGAAAUAAAGAAGAGAUGGAAGGAACCCCUUCAUCACCUAAGCCACCGAGAGGAACCAAUGUAGGGAAAAAGUCCUUAAAAAUAGAAAUCGAUGGCUUUCUUGACAAAGUUAAAUCACAUAUGAAAAGACGGUUUUGAAAAAGAAAAGGGUAAAGUACAUGGAUGUAGUUCACUUAAAACAUAACAUAAAUCAGUAGCAUCAGGAUAAAACAUGUAAAAAUCUGCUUCUUUAU